CGGGCUCCGGCCAGGGGUCACACGGGCCCACAAACCGCCCCAACACCCGCCAUGUUCAGCCAGAACAAGCCGCGGCUCUACAUCGUGUACUACCGGCGGGGGACCCCGGGGACGUACCACGUCGCGCUCGUGCACGCGCCGAAGCGGCCCGCCGCCUGGGACCCCGCCCCCGACCCCGACCCCGAACACAAAAGCGUGGGCGACUGUGUGCAGUACCACAUCACGAACCUGCCAUCCCCCGACGAGCCCACCGGCGAGCGCUGGCGCUACGAGACGCCCGCCGUGUUCCUGCGCACCGAGCGCGUCGUCGCGGCCCUCCUCCUCGGCAAGCCCGCCGACCGUGGCCGUGCAGCGCUUGCCGCGAGUCUGCGGGGCGUUCCCGUCGUCCAGGGGGAUCGCAAUUUCCGCUGCAAGAACUGGGUGUGGCUCGCGAUUGACAAACUCGUGGCGGACGGGAUACUCGGGCCCUUGCCGGGCAGCGGGCAGCAGCUGUUCCAGGUCGGCUUGGACUUGGCCAACAGCGUCGUCCAGGCGUCCUCGUGGGACAAGCCGCUCCCCAUGUGCGACGUGGACGGGAACCGCAUCCAGUAA